AUGAGCACUCUGCUUGCCACCACUGAUAGGGAUGACCUAAUCUGCCUUCCCUCGCUACAACCGCGCUUCAUCGAAGAAACCGAAGACCUGUACAACAAGCCCAUGUCUGAUUACUUUGAAGACGCAGAGUUCUCGUCGACCGCUACAUCCAAACUCAACUUCCGCCCCGCGUUAGUCUCGCCGGUCUACACGCCCACGCUGAGCAGUUUGUCGUCGGAGGUAACGUCUGAAUGCGGCGGCGAUGAGUUAGCAUUACCAGCGUUUGAGACGGAAUAUGCCGCCGACAAACAAGAAGACCAAGAAGAAGAACAAGAAGAACAAGAAGAUGGCGGGCUAUCUACACCAACAACCACACAGACAGCAGCCCCGGCUAACACCAUACCAGAUCCCUUGUUGCGAACCUCGAGUGACGAUGCAUCCAUAGAGUCUGAGCCCGAAAGGCAUGUUGACUAUCUGUCGCACGACUGGAGGGAAGAAGAUAUUUGGACAUCGUGGCGCUAUGUCGUGACUCGAAGGGAUCGGUAUAGCAAUGGAGUCAGAUUAGAGAAUGCCUCAUGGCGGACGUGGGCCAAAUCCAAGUAUGGCCUGCGGACGGUAUCGCCGGAGACGCUGAACUGGUUAAAGGACUGCGACGUGACGUGGCUAUACGGUCCUUUGCAAACAGACUUCAAGGAAAGGCAAAAGCCUCCCCCACCGAGUGGGUUAUCAUCAUCGAAUUCGUUCUUGGACCGGAAAUCAAUCCUGAAGAAGAAAACGGCUUCUGAAGCUAUCUUGCAACGUUCAUUAUCGCAACACACGCUAUUGAAACAUGCCGGUGCUAUACUACAAGCACAAAAAGCUGGAAAUUACUCGCGAGGCAAACCAGCAUUUGAACGGACUACAUCUGAUACGGGCGUUCCCUUCGCCCGCAUACUCGAUUAUCCAUGCACAUCUUCAUCAACAUAUUGCACGCCGUUAGAGUUAGUAUCAUCAGGUCUAGUCUCGCCGAGUGAAAAACGGCAUAUCCACUUUAACAACGAAGUGGUACAGUGCAUCGCAGUCGAGGCCAAGGACUACGAAGAGCACGAUGUUGAUCCGUCGUUAUUUUUCCUCGGAGAAGAAUUCGACAAUGAGUACCAUGAGUAUGGAGACGAAGACGACCACCACCACCACAGAUACUACAACAACUACAACGAUGACAAUGACGACGACACAGAGUCCGAUGAAGGAAUUGUCAUGAUGAAGCAGGUUAGUUCUCGAACAUCUCCGGUAGGAACGACAACAUCAUCCACACCCGUAUCAUCGCGACCUACGCCGAGGAGCAGUACGAACGGCGAAAGCAAGACAAUUGCGCCGUUACCCCCGACGACGUUAAAGUGUCGAUCGGACACGCCAGAAUUACCGUGGAGUUCGAGUCAGGAUGAUUCACGGACCAAACUGUCUCCCACGCCGUCGAUAGAGACUCUCCGGCCACCGAGACCGGAAGCGAACUUUCUCCUUGACGACGAAGAAGAUGAGCAAGAAUCAUACUUUAACUUCAAUACUAAAAGAUCACGGCGACAUACAUAUGACUCUAACAACCGACCAUGGUUCGUCAAUCCUGAAGAUCGCCAGGAACUAGAAUUUAAUGAUGGCGAUAACGACGGCAAUACCGGAAACCUUCAUCUCACGCCAUCUGGGAUGUUCAUGCCAUACGAAGAGGGCGAAGAAGCGUCGUACACAGGCAUGUUUGGCCGAAUAGUCGACACCGUAAAUACAGCCCGGGACAUUGCGCAUGUUAUAUGGAACGUUGGCUGGAGGAAGUAA